CCUUCCCUUUCAGUGUAUAUGACAAAGACUGAACUCAAAAGUGUUGCAAUAUAAUCUCUCGGAUUCAUCUCAUUUGAGGCCACAACCACCAGAUCACAGAAAUGGGCUUCUACUUCAAUUCUCACACGCUGGCCUCUUUCUUCCUGCUCUUAGCAUUCCCAGCCUUCACUUAUGGAUGGGGAAUUGUCGGCCACCAGAUUAUUUGCCAGAUUACCCAGGAUCGUUUAAGUGAGUCAGCAGCUGCAGCGGUUAAGGAACUACUCCCUGCCUACGCAGAGAACGACCUAAGCACCCUUUGCUCAUGGGCAGAUACAGUCAAGUUUCGAUACCAUUGGUCGUCGGAACUUCACUACAUUGACACCCCUGAUGAUCUUUGCACUUAUAAUUACAACAGGGAUUGCAAAGAUGAAGAUGGUGUGAAAGGGAGGUGUGUCUCAGGUGCCAUCACUAAUUAUACUAAUCAGCUUCUCACCUAUGGAAGCUCUGCCGAUGAAUCACAAUAUAAUCUCACUGAAGCACUUCUAUUCCUUUCUCACUUAAUGGGUGACAUCCAUCAGCCUCUUCAUGUAGGAUUUACUUCUGAUAGAGGAGGAAAUACGAUCCCAGUGCAUUGGUUUAGAAGGAAAUCAGAGCUCCAUAAAGUCUGGGAUAAAGACAUUAUUGAGACAGCAGAAGAUCGAUUUUACGACGAUGUUGUGGAGGAAUUUGUCGACGCACUCAAACAAAACAUCACUGGAGAGUGGUCUGAUCAAGUUGUGAAAUGGGAGAAAUGCAGCAAUAACAAGGUCGCUUGUCCUGAUGUAUAUGCAUCUGAAAGCAUACAAACUGCAUGCAACUGGGCAUACAAGGAUGUCGAAAACAACACGGUGUUGGAAGACGAUUAUUUCUUAAGCAGAUUGCCCAUUGUUAAUCUAAGGCUUGCAGAGGGUGGAGUCAGGUUAGCAGGAACGCUGAAUCGCAUAUUUAAGUGA